CGCCUUUCUUUUUGAGGGAGACGCGGUUGCGGGUGCAGGGGAGGUGUGUUCCGUUCGCCUCUCCUCCUGACUCACCGCUGUUCGCUCUCGUCGAGGAACAAGUCGGUCAGGAAGCCGCACCUUAGCCAUGGCUUUUAAAGAUACUGGGAAAACCCCCGUGGAGCCGGAGGUGGCGAUUCACCGAAUCCGAAUCACCCUCACCAGCCGCAACGUGAAGUCUUUGGAGAAGGUGUGUGCUGACUUGAUCAGAGGCGCCAAGGAAAAGAACCUCAAAGUGAAAGGACCGGUCCGCAUGCCGACCAAGACUUUGAGAAUUACUACAAGAAAGACACCUUGUGGUGAAGGGUCUAAGACGUGGGACCGGUUCCAGAUGAGAAUCCACAAGCGACUCAUUGACUUGCACAGCCCUUCUGAAAUUGUUAAACAGAUUACUUCCAUCAGUAUUGAGCCAGGAGUGGAGGUCGAAGUCACCAUUGCAGAUGCCUAAGUCAACUAUUUUAAUAAGUUUAAUAAACUGACUUGUAAUUGUUAA